AAAAUGGUGUGCAGCUGUAAGUCACGCAUGUACGCGGAGCUCGGGUGCCUGAGGAGCAAGCCUACGCCUGACGUCACAAGUCAGUGACAUCAGAACCGCUGCCACCAGGCCUCCAGGCGGGCAUCCCUCUGCUUGCUUGUGCUGAGCCCGGGUGGAGCGGUGGCAGAGCGAUGCUGCUGAGCAGCACGGCCAGCCCUAGCUGUAAGCAAGUCACAGCUGUGCAGGAAGGGCCCACGAGGAAGGCAGCGCCAGACAAAAGCCAUUCGAAGCCGAUCAGGGACAGGCAUGCAUCAAAGACCAAGGGUUACCUAGAGGUGGUGAAGCGAACUGAAGCUGUAGUUAUAGACACGGGCACGGGUUACUUUAAGUGUGGCUUCGCAGGGGAACCGUGGCCUUCCCAUAUCGUUUCAUCAGUUGGUAACCACGUACAGGAAACCAAGGGCAAACAAGAAGAAACCUUUAUUGGAAGAGUGCCUCAGAACACCUGCGUGCCCUUAAAAUUCAUCAGCCCAUUAACGCAUGGCAUAGUGGUGGACUGGAAGUCUGUCCAGGAUAUUCUGGAGAGUAUUUUCCAGAUGCGGAUGCAGGUUCGGCCGGAGGACCACGCUCUCCUGAUGUCAGUGCCUCCCCUGUGUUCCAUCGCUGACAAGAAGAAAUAUGCUGAGAUGAUGUUUGAAGGCUUUCACGUGCCUGCUGUACACCUCGCCUACCAGUCCCAGUUAUCCAUGUACUCUUACGGGAAAACCUCAGGUCUGGUGGUGGAGAGUGGCCAUGGUGCUUCACACGUGGUUCCCAUCUACGAAGGUUAUGUUCUGCGCAGCAUCACAGGCAGCGUAGAUUAUGCUGGCUUGGACAUAACAAAUUACCUCAUGCAGCUACUAAAUGAGUCUGGAUACACGUUCACGGAAUACCAGCUAAACAUCAUCGAAGAUCUCAAAGAGAGGUGUUGUUACACUUCUCUGGACCUCACACAGGACUUGAAUUUGCCUCUUAAGAAACAACAAACUGAUUACGAGCUGCCAGACGGGCAUGUCAUCACAGUAGGCAAAGAGAGAUUCCUGUGUGCUGAAGCGCUCUUCAAACCAUCCCUGUUUGGCUCACAGCAACCCGGGCUUUCGCAGCUGACACUUGGCUGCCUCAAGAAGUGUGAUGCUGACAUCAACAAAAAGCUGGUGAGGAACGUCCUGCUGUGUGGGGGCAGCACCAUGAUGGAAGGUUUUCCUGACCGCUUCCAGAGUGAACUGAGCAGGAUGUGGCCUAGUGACAAGGUCCUCAUAACGGCGUCACCUCAGAGGAAGUCUUCCGUCUGGAUUGGUGGGUCGAUCCUGGCCUCGCUCUCCUCUUUCCAGAAGCUUUGGGUUUACAAGAGGGAAUAUGAAGAAUGGGGUCCUUCCUGCAUUUUUAAGAAGUGCUUCUGAGGGGGACGCUGGCUAUCUUACAACUAUUUUUGAAAAAGGUACAUGAUUCAAUUCAAGAGCAUCUCCCCUCUAUCCCUUGCUGUAGUUAUAUUAAAAGAUUUUUGCUACAGCUGUAUUAGUUUUGACAGCGUCUGGUUUUUUUUUCUUUUGUAUUUAAUGAAGCAGGACAGCAGAUUGGUAGCAAACUACUGCCUGAUGAGAGAUGCAGGCUUCCAGAGUCACAUUUACUCAGAAAUUGGGACAGUUCUUGUAUUAACUCUGUAUUUUUGCUUUAAUGACUUACUUCAACUGCAUCUGUUUGCAAGAGCCUCCACAAAACCUAAGAGCAAAUUCAAUGUAUCUGCAAAAACAGUAGCUAAGGCACAGUAUGUUUUAAAGCGAGAUGCAUUGCAAUGAAAGCAAAAGAACAUCCAAGGAGAAACCCAGGGCAAGGAAACUCCUGGUUGCUGCUGAAGCAGAAGCAAAGGUUCAGGGGCUGGAAAAGUAGGAAGCAGGAUGUAGGACUUCCCCUCUGUAGGUGUGCUGGAACUGGAGCCAGCACCUACUGCCAUCACUCCUUUGUUGAAGUUCACUCAGGGCAGAGCAGGUAGGGUGAGACAAUGAAGCUCAGAUAGGAGUUACCAUACGAAUGAUUUACCAUACAAAUGAUUUAGAAGACUGCUCUUCCUCCUGCAUGGCAGACUUGAAUUGAUUUUGCCUUCACGGGAGAACAGGAGAACAUGUCUAAGAAAAGGGUCUCCAGCUUUGACUAGCACCAUGAUGGAAAAACAAAAGAACCAACAAUACAGAUUUUAAAGGAACUUGUGUGUUUGGCACAAACAAAUUAUCAUUAAGCCAGCAGAAGUUUUGCCUUUUCUUGGGAUCUUUAACAAAUCUUUUUCUAGGCAAUAGAUUAGGCUGAACAAGACCUAAGCACUUCCUAGCAUCAGAUUUAAGUGUCAGGAAUCAGCAGUGUCAGUGCCACAUUUCAGUUGCAGGGCCAGAACUGGAGAGGACUGCAGACUCUUCAUCACUUCUUCCCCUGAUCAGAAAGUAGUUUCCAUGUCACUUUGGACUAGGUGCUGCUACCUGUUUGAAGACCCAAACCCAGUAAAAAGCUGCUAUCCACUGCAGCCAUUCAUGUGUUUUGCUGUCUUAAGUCUUUGUGUCCGUACAAUCUCCUUUCCAGCCUCAUCACAAUGUCUGAAAACAGGCUUAAGCCAUCCCCACACCACCCAGCAGAGGCCAUGUAACUCAGAACAGCUGGAAAUAAAACCGCUCCAAAGCUUAUAUAACGCCGACAAAGGAUUGCUUUACUACUGCACUCCAACCAUCCCAAGCCAGCACAGUGUGUGUGUACAGUGCAGGCUCAUACGGCCACCCCAACUUGAUGGAGUCCUUGCGUCAAGAAAACAAUAACUGCAGCACUAGACACAUUAAUGCCAUGCAUGAAGAACGCAGCCCAUUGCUGUGUACACCGCAGAUACCACAGACAGGAAUUACUUUGUUGGUGCUGGCAUUCUUCCCACAGUGCAUAACCAAAUAGGCCUGCACUGAACACAAAGCUGCCAGGCCAAAAUUAACUGAGAGGAAGGGCUGGGGUGGGUGGAGCUGUGCUGCUUCCACUGAAAGCAUCCAGCCUCGUCUGCAGAGCUUGUCCCCUGCCUCUGCUCCCUGGACUGGUGUGCUGUUACUUCUCGAGCCAGAUUGCAGCAGUAUUCUGUAUUAAAAUAAUUCUAAUUCUCAGGUAUGAAUUUGCACAUCAGUUUCCAUCUGAAACGGUUCUGCAAUAGCACAGAGCGUAAUCGGGGCACAGCUGCUCACCUGCCAGUGCCAUACAGCAGCAUCAAACACAGAUACCUAGGACAGCAUUACCCAGCAGUGUGCAACACCAACACAAGUAUCCCACACCAGCUUUUUUGCAUGUUCUCAUGUACCCAAGAUGUCCCUGGUGCAAGAUCAGCAGGGCAGUAACGGCUGUCAGUACUACAGGGUUCACUCUGAUGUAACAAAGUGAUUCUGAUGAAAAUCCGCUAUUACCAACACUCAACAUCAGCAGAGAAAACAUAACUUAUUUGGUUAGCAGCUGCAGUUUGCUAUUAGUACAGACUUACUGGUGAGAUCUCUAAACCAGGCUGAGCAGCUUAAAAUGUGACCUGCCCUCGUGGCAGGUACUGUUACCAUCCACAGGAGGAAGUGUGAUGAAGAAAAAGCACCCACUGGGCACUCGUGGGUUUGCUUCACCUGGAAGGCAGGGCACAGUGGUGGCAGAUGUUGGAUUCCGUCAGCAGCGUUCAGAUCUGCACAGCCUGCUACUC